AUGUCAUCAACUUGCAACUUGAUUCUCCAAGUAAACACUUGGCGCACUCCUGUGGCAAGUGGGUUUGUGAUUUACGACGAGGGUGAAUCUUCUUCUCAGCUUUGCGGCAAUAAAGUUCAAGUUACCCCUCGACCCACUGAACUAUCCCCUGGCGAUAACUGCAGGGACUGCCCCUUGCAGUGUUCUUAUGGCGAAGCAUUGCAGUUGAAGAUGUUCGAAGACAUAUCUCGCCAGUCCAAAGACGGGUCCCACGAUAAGGAUCGCUCACUCAUGUGUUUUCUUUGUGCCAUAGGUUCGAGUGUUCAUUGUUGGGGUCGACGCUCAACCUUCAACCUUCAAGGCUGUGACACCAAGACAACCAAGGUCACACAUUACAUGUACAAACAAGUUUUCAUGAGAUUCGUUGUGCAAUCUCACAUGCAAACACUGUAUCUCUUAGAUAAGGAUAUUUCAGCUCCUCCAGUACUAGUAUCACCAAUAAAACGUUGCCAACGUGCUGCAGCACCUGGAAUCAAUAAACAGAGUGACUUGGAGGUCUGGGAGUUGUCAGAUGAGGAUAUAAUUGCUGCUGCCAAGACAACAUGGUGUUCUGAUGCAUAUGACCAUUAUUCAGUCUCCCUCCAGCAUGCAAGUCACGUCCGGAUAAGCAUCCUGUGGUUGUUCGGCCACAUUCAAAGACUGCAGAAGGUACUAGUAACAUGUUGA